AUGAAUUCGCGUCAAAUCUUCUUUGCUCUCUUGAUUGUGUUUAUGGCUGCUAUCGUAACAGCCUCCUCUCCUUUGAAUUUAUAUCAAUUAACUAAGAGAGGAAUUGCUCAAAAAGACAAAAGUCCAUCGAAAGAAAAAAACGGCACAGUCAAGGCUGCACUUAUCUUACCUUCUAGAGGCGAACCCGAUGAUAUCUAA